AUGUUUGAAUCGCCUGGUGAUAGAGAAUGUGAAAGAGGUACUGAAAUAAUAGCAUGGGAAGGGAAAAUUCGAUUAGUAGCGUCUAUAAUUGCGGCACCUCAAUCGAAUCUUUCUAUAACUUAUCCACCAAAAAUUGUGGAUAUUAAAGAAAUAUUGGUCAACUUUGAUGAUCUACAGAAAGGUAUCAAUGUCUAUAAAUAUCCCAAAGGAUAUGUAUGGAUUACAAGUUUCAGAUCCUGA